AGAGAGAUGUACAGUAACAGCCUGACAGAGGCAGAUAAACUGCACGAGCACCAUAAAUAGCGCGUUUAAAUAAGGCGAUCCAUUUCAAGUGGAAAUGUCCGCUGCAGCUGGCACACGCAUAUGCCCUCAAACGAUUAUCUCCAUCUCUGUGCCCACCUCUUAGCCCCGCUGUGAUCCCUCACAGACCUUCAACCUGCCCCGCGAGUCUCUAUAACAACAUGCCCACCUCGGCCCUCCUUCCCUCCCACCUCGCCACGACAGACACUUCCGCUGGCCUAUCGCACCGUGGCCGACCCCUGUGCCCUGCCCACCCCAGCGGUCCCUCUCCAGCCCCGCCAGAGCCAAUCCGCGACGGGGUGUAAAGUAGGGCAAGCCGCUUCCUGGUUCAAGGAGGAGCUGCCUGGAGUUGGAAUGGGCCAGCGGAGUCAGAGAGGGGGGAGAACAGCCCAGCGAGCCGGCGGUCUGCAAAGAGAGAGCCGAGGCAGGGGGAUAUAAACGCCGGCAGAGAGACAAGAAGAAGCUGAUAUUACAGAGAACUCCCGGGCAAUACGUGGUUCGUCAGAGGGACUGGUGUGAGAAUUUGGACAGUGCCGAGAGAGCGGUGACCCCCGGGGAGCGACGAGGGGGGAGAUAGGCUGGUGGGAGUGAAUCCAGGAAGUACAGAAGCCGGUCAGGUGGGACGCGACGAGAUAACAUAGGUGACACCGGCGCACAGCUUUGUAUCCCUGGAAACCUUUUGGCUCUGCUGGAGAAGAACAGAAACAGGAAGAAGUGGAAAAUAGAGAGGGAGGAAGAGAGCAGGGACCCGUCCUCCUCUGAGUUUAUGGACUGGAGAUGCACCUAAACCAACACCUCUCUCCCAGCCUCCUAUGUUUAAGAGGGGGAGAGAGGCUAAAACGAGUGUGUGAGAGAAGGAGAUAGAGGAGCACUGAGAGCCAGAGGAGCACUGAGAGCCAGAGGAGCACUGAGAGCCAGAGGAGCACUGAGAGCCAGAGGAGCACUGAGAGCCAGAGGAGCACUGAGAGCCAGAGGAGCACUGAGAGCCAGAGGAGCACUGAGAGCCAGAGGAGCACUGAGAGCCAGAGGAGCACGUGGAGGAGGAGAAACGGUGGCGAUGUCUCCAGGAGAGGACGGUCUGAUCGGGAUCCCCUUCCCAGAGCACAGCAGCGAGAUCCUGUUCCGCCUCAACGCCCAGCGCAGGGCGGGGCUACUCUGUGACCUCACCCUGACCUCGCGGGGUGCCCGCUACCCUACCCACCGCUCUGUCAUGGCUGCCGUCAGCCUCUACUUCCGCGGGCUGUUUGGGGCGGAAGAGGGGGCCGAGGCGGGGGGAGGAGGAGGGUUCAGUGUGUGCCAGCUGGACUGUGUCGCGCCCGAUGCCCUGGAUGCCCUGCUGGAGUUUGCCUACACGGCCACCCUGACCAUCCGCAGCUCUGGCAUGAGAGACGUGUUGAGAGGAGCUCAGUUACUGGGGAUCCAGUGUGUGGUUGAUGCCUGUAGAGACAUACUGGGGGAGACGGCGGGGGAGGUAGAGUGGGAGACGGGGGAGGAGAGGGUACAGGCGGAGAGGGAGAGAAGGGUGGAGAGGGGGAUGAAGAAAGGCUCCCGGAGGAAGAUAGACAGACGGAGAGUCAACAAGGUGGAGUCAUCGCACCACCAGCCACUGCCUCAUCGCCCCAACAUUAACACACACCAGCACCCCUCCACUCCUCCUCCACACCCCUCACCUGUUCAAGACGGGGCCCACUCUCAUCCCUCCACCCGACCCCCCAGCCCUGAGCAGGAUGAACACCCCCCCACCACGGGACAGAACGGGGAGCGGAAGCAGGGCAGGGAUGCAGGGAGAGGGAGUACAGCAGUCAACGGAGGGGUGCACUGGCCUCAGGAGCGCCUCCUCGCCCCCCACCCCCCUGUUCCCCUCUCAGACGACAGGCUGUCAGAAGACGAGGAGGAGAUGGAGGGAGUGGGGAACGGUGGGGUGCCCAGCUUUACUUCAGCCCCCCUGGUAGAGCAAGAGGUGGCCACAGGGGCAGGAGGAGGGGGUAGGAAGAGGAAGUCUCAGACCCCCCAGCAGUGUCCUGUCUGUCAGAAGAUCAUCCACGGAGCAGGGAAGCUGCCCAGACACAUGAGAACACACACCGGGGAGAAACCAUUCGAGUGCUCUACCUGCGGUGUCCGCUUUACCAGGAAUGACAAGUUGAAGAUCCACAUGCGUAAACACACAGGGGAGCGUCCGUACCCUUGCCCCCACUGCCCUGCCCGCUUCCUGCAUUCCUAUGACCUGAAGAACCACCUGUCUCUCCAUAGUGGGGCACGCCCCUUCGAGUGCCCGCUCUGCCACAAGGCCUUCGCCCGCGAGGACCACCUCCAGCGCCACCGCAAGGGCCUCAGCUGCCUGGAGGUCCGUACCCGGGCACGGCCGAGGCGCGGGCCUGGGGCUGACCACGGGGAAGAGGGCAGAAGGGUUAGAGGAGGAGGAAGAGGGUAUUCUCCAGACCAACUUGAGAAUCUGGACCUGCAGCCCCACGCCUCAGCAUUCCACCCCCGUGCUGGAAUGGUUGGCCUGGGGGAUGGGGCUGAGGCUGGAGGUCAAAUGGUGUUCCAGGAGGAGGCUGACGGGGAGCAAGCUAUAGCCCUCCUAGGGCCUCACAGGUUACCCUACCCUGGUCUGCUGUGGAGAGGCCUGGAGCUGGGGGUGAGAGGGGUGGAAGGGGAGGAGGCAGGCAGGGGCCACUCUCCUGCACUUCAGGAUGCAAGAUGGGAGGAGGAGGCAGAGGAGGAGGAUGAGGAAGUUGAGUGAGAAGAGAGGAAGAGUAGAGCGUGCAUGGAUGUAUAUCUGUGUGCAUGUGUUUGUAUGUGUGUGUCACCUACAGUAUGGAUGGGGAUCUCACUCAGGUGACUGGACCUGCUCCUUCUUACAAAGCGCUUAGAGAAAGACUAAAUGAUAGAGAAAGGCUAAACGAUACAAAAAGAAUCAUGGAAAACGGGUUUUCUGAUUUGUUAUUGUUGUUUCAUGGCUCUCUGUUUUUAUUUCAGUUGUCUUUUAUUUCUAUUUUCCAUUAUUUCUAUUGUAUUUCAUGCUGUGGUUAUUCUUAUUAGCUGUACAUAAAAAGAGGCUUUAUUGAGGGAAUGUUUUGCACAUAGAUGUGCUGAUGGGGAUAUGGGGUUCUUUUCUCUCACUAUGCAAACUGAAGUCAGGAGCUGAGAAAAAUGAUGUGUCCAGAUGUCAAAAAAAAGAAGAGAAAAGAAAUCCUGUAUUUUUGAGCAGAGUGCUGUUAGAGUAAUAUAACAAUCAAAUGUUAUUGAAGUUCAAACAAUGUAUGUACAACAUCCAUCUGGCACUACUAAACCCUAUCACUCUUCAUGUCACUAUACUAGCACUCUCAGUGGGGUAGUAAGAAACCAGAAUCAUCCGGUUUUCAGUGGAAAAGCAGAGAAGACACAAAGCCUGAAAACCGGUAGCUUCCGGUUCCUUCCGACCCGCUCAGGUGUUUGUUUUACGCCUGCUAAGUUAGGUAAGUAUAGUAGUAGGUGUGGACUCUGCUGUUUCACUUUGGGUGUACCCUACUACCCUCUAGUGGUUAUUGGUGGAGCUAGUCGCCAAGGGCAACAAGUCACCAGGUUUCCUAUUGAAGACAGCCAUUAUCUAACAGUAACAGUCAUAUUUUAAUAAGGCUUAUUAUUUUGCUGUCUGUUGUAAGUAGAUUUUCAUGCCCUUUUAUGAGGCACCGAUGAUACCAAAGAUUUCAGUUCAUUUCUUCCUAAUCAAUCAGUUUGAUCAAGCACAGGAGCACCAGAGCUAUAGAUUGAGAUCCCAAUGGGCACGCACUGGUUGAAUCAUUGUUGGUUCCACUCCAUUUCAAUGAAAUUACAUUAAACCAACGUAGAAUAGACAUUGAAUUGAUGUCUGUGCCCAGUGGGAUGGCUCUAAGGGUAUCCUGGGAUUUUAGAGCCAAGGUUUGGUUAAAAGACCUGUCUUCAUUUGCCCGGUUCUCUGCUGCAGACUGCUAGAAGGGUUGGAGACUGCUUCCAUAGGUUAGAGUCUCUGUGGGGCUCUACUGCCCUACCAAGCAAAAUGGCAGUGACUGCUCAUAGAGUGGAACUGAGAAAAAUGUAUUUCAUUUACCUUGGUUUCACAGUAACUUUAUGCAGUUACUGCUAACAUGACCCCCAUUUUCUCCAGAAUACAAUACAAAAGAGGCAGGAUACUUGUCCUCAUGAUUAAGCAUGUAUUUAUAUUAGCAAAAAUGACAUUAACCAAUUUUCUACCAAAUGAGCAGCUACUGCCUUUUUGCUUGGUAGGGCAGUAUAGUGCUCUGUGAAAAAUGCCUGACCAAAACUAGACUACAUCUGCAGGGUCAUUGGAUGAUUGUUAAUGAGAGGUGUGUUUGUUGCUUUAGCGUUUACUUUUUGACAUCGACAGGGGACAAUUCCUUUCCAAAGUUUCCUUCUUUAGAAUGUCUUCUGAUCAUGCACUCCUCGUUUUGUGUUGAUUGCAAAAAGAGCGAGAGAAAAGGAGAGACCAAGAGGGAAGGAGGGAGAGACCCUGAUCUCUUCAUUGCUCUGUAUUUAUUUAUUUAUUGUUAUUUAUUGUGGCUUUCCAGUUGAAACUGUGUGUGUGACCUGACCCAGGGUAUCCACAGUGACCUGACCCAGGGUAUCCACAGUGAUCCGCAACACCACUUGGCUCGGUCCCCUUCUGGCACAGUUGAAGUGCUCUGUACCUGCUUCCUUUUGAGUCUUAAGAGAAACUGCAUUGUGCUUAACGUGACGGCUAACAAAGACCCAUACACCCAGUGCCAUGUUGGGUGAAAGGUCCUCUGUUGGCUAUUCUUCCUCCUUUUGCAUUUGUUUUGCACAACACAUCACACCCUGAAAAGGUACUGCAAUAAUACUGGCACAUUCCAUCCCCUGGGGGAGAAAGAAGGGAUCAGAAAAGAGAGGGGGAAAAGAGACAGACCGAGCCUUUCUCGCUCUCUCUCUUUAGAGCACAAGACAACUGUCGCACCACCUGUAGCCGUUUCACACUUUCAGUUAAAGAGAUAAGCAUCAACUGCACUUAGGGAGAGAACUGUGUUGUUCAUUCAACAUGUACUGUAUGUUAUUGUGUUAUCUGUCAAAUCUGUGUGUAUAAGUCACAGAUAGGCCCUUAGGGGGCCUGUCUCUAGGAGACCAGCGACCAUCUUGGGUGGCCCAUUGCAGGUGUAAGGCUACUUUGCUUACAGAUAAUCAACCAUUUCUUCAAAGUCUGUCACUCUUUAGGUGAUAGUGAGUUAUGUUCUUUAUUUACAACUAUUUACGAGGGCUGUAUCUCUAGCCUGAAGCUUAUGUAGCUCUAGCAGACUGGACCUGUGUGUGCUAUCCAUUCCACGCUAUGUACAAGAACUUUCCUUGUUUCUGAUUUAUUUGCACUAAAAUAUUGAGAGCUUUUAAGUUUUUUUUGUUUCACCUCCUUAUCCAUUCCAUGACGUCACUCAGUAUCGUUUAUGAUUGUAAGAGAAGAUAUUUGUAUAUUAUUCCUUCAAUUCUUGAUAAUAACAUUGGUCUAUAUUCUUUCUACUGCGUAGUGUAAUAAUCAUGAUAAGAGAUUGCUAUGUAAAGGGGUGAAGCUGCCUUGGACUUUUGUUUUUGUGCUGCAACUAUUCUCAGGAAAUCUUGAGCAAUGCACUAAGUAAUUAUGCAAAAUUGUGGGGGAGAUAUGCUGUGUAUAUAUGUAGCCUAUGUAUGUUCAUACAUGUCUGAAGAGCUAGUGACACCUUUCACUCAAAAGUACGGUUCCAAUAUAACACCUUGUAUCACAUGACUAUGAGGAAGUCAGAUAAAAGCAAAUUGAGGAAUAGUAGAUAUCCAUUUGUAUGGUAAAACAUGUACAAUGUAGUGUACAUCAAUUGAAACCAGCCAGUCACACAUUGUGCUGAAAGUUUUUUUUUGUGCUGAGGGGUGUUGCUACCAGCAUUUAGAGAGCUUGGUGAGUGAAUGAGAGGGAAACAUUAUGCCAGCUGUGAAGCGUGGUGUUUCUAUGGAACUUUAUGUCGUUUUAUUUGGCUUUGGUGAAGGGAUCUGGGGUCUGUUUUGAAUAGAGACACCACUAUCAGGGAUACAUUUGUCUUUCUGUUUUUGGUGGACCUUCUGUCAGAGAUAUAAAUUCAUUUUCCCAUCAUUUGUUUCAGAUAAUGUAAAAAACAGAUAAAUAAACAAAGAUAUCUAUC